AUAUGUUGCAUCUGUUUGUGUCAACAUACCCAGUGGUUCUCGAGAAUGUGAUUCUUUUUCUCUUAACUGCAGCCAAUUUUUGCCAUUUCUUGCCAAUUUAAUAAGCUUCUUAGCACUGAUCAUCUUGUUGCCUUUGUAAAACAAGGGAGAAUAUUUUAGGACAAGAGAAGAAAGAGAAUGUAAAAACCUUAGGAAACUGAAAAGCUUUUGUUGUGCUGCACUGAUGAAAAAACAUAAAUUGGGUGAAUAUAUAAACACAAAGGUCCCAAGAGCAGUCCUUUGAAUGAAGCAACUCAGUGUCGGGACUACAGGGAAGCAAAACCGUGUGGUUCGAAAAUUUGAGCGAUCAUUUGGGACGUCACCUGUUGGGCAUGUAUGGAAGGUAAUGGUAAGUGGUCCAAUCUUUUUUUCGACAUCAAAUUUAUUUGGUUUUGGCACAACAGGCCAUGUGCAAGACCAGGCAUCGUAGUACAAUCCACAUGUUCUGGAUAUAUUACACAACAAGAAAAAGUUGUGGUUCUAGUUUACUGAACUCUGGAUUGAUGGGAUUUUAUAGUUUCCGAAACAGGAUUUGCCCCAAAAGAGUGAAACGUCUUUAUCUCCAGGCUGUUAUGCUUUUAGAUAUCUCAAAUUGUAAUCUGCUUCACAUUGAUCUGUCUGUUAAUGGCUUCAAGAGAUUGCUAACAGCAGAGGUCCUGGUGGUCAUACUUUCUGUACUGAAGGCUUUGAAUUGUAGGGUUGGAUAUGGUUGCAUUUUACUUCAAUCCAAUGCCCAGAUAAUAGGCUUGAAAGCUUAUGUGUACGAUAAGAAGUAAUUGCCCUGUCAAGAUCCAAGAAACUGAACAUGGGAAACAAAAAUUCUGACUUUUAGAAUUAUAUGCUUUAAUCGACAAUGGUGUGGAUCAAUUACAAGAGAAAAGACAAAAAU